AUGUCGAGCGAGUCGCCAUUAUCCACGCCCACGCAGAAUGUGGUGCUGGACACCUCGAAGCUUCCCGCGUCGACCUCAACAUCGGUCUGGGAUCGCAUCUCGAACUGGGUGUCAGAGAACAAGGCUGUUGUCUACACCAUUGCUGGAGUCGCCGUGGUCGUGACCGGCGCUGGAGUCGUCUACUACCUGUCCGACUCUAGCAAGCCGAGCGCUUCAUCUACCCCCUCCGCCCCAAAGAAGAGCAAGAACCAACGACGGAAAGAGAAGAAGAAAGCCGAAGAAGAGAAGAAGCCCAAGACUCCCUCGGUACAGGAUGAGCCUGCGGUCAAAAAGACCGAAGAGCCCGCCGAUGAUCUACCGGAUGUUGAUGAGGCGACCGUUGGGCAACUACUAACCGAUGCACGGAAGACCCGGAAGGAGUAUGCUGCCAAGUUGAAGGCCGCCGGUAACAAGGCUUAUGGCGCCAAGGAAUACAACAAUGCUAUUGAGCUAUAUGGAAAGGCCAUCAUUUGCAAGCCUGACCCCGUUUUCUACUCGAACCGCGCCGCCUGCUACAAUGUUUUGUCGGAGUGGGAGAAGGUCGUGGAGGAUACCAGCGCUGCGCUUGCGAUGGAUAGCGAGUACGUGAAGGCCCUGAACCGGAGAGCCAUUGCCUAUGAGCACCUGGGCAAGUUCAGCGAAGCUCUUCUUGAUUUCACUGCCAGCUGCAUCAUCGAUGCUUUCUCCAACGAUGUCAGCCGCAACUCCCUCGAGCGCCUGCUGAAGAAGGUUGCCGAGCAGAAGAGCAAGGCCAUCCUCGAGGCCCGCAGCAAGAAGCUGCCCAGCGCCACCUUUGUUUCCAACUACCUGCAGAGCUUCCGCUCUCAGGCUCUUCCUGAGGGCCUGGAGGAAUCCGUUGAGCUGAGCGAGGAUUCCGGCAAGGGCCUGCUGCGCAAGGGUCUUAUUGCCAUGGGUAAGAAGACCGGUGAUGGUUACGAGGAGGCCGCUGCUGCUUUCGAAAAGGCCCUUGAGGUUGGCGAUCUCGGUGAUUUCGAGGCUCUUGCUCUCAACAUGCGGGCCACUUUUACCUAUCUUGGCGGCAACGCCAACGGUGCGCUGGAAGGUCUGAACAAGAGCGUGGAGAUGCAGCCAUCUCUAGUCCAGAGCUACAUCAAGCGCGCCAGCUUGCACCUUGAGCUCGGAAACAAGGAUGCUGCUGCGGACGACUUUGAGCUCGCCAUCACUCACAACAAGGAUGACCCCGACAUUUACUAUCACCGCGCUCAGCUCCACUUUAUCCUGGGUGAGUUCGCGGAGGCCGCCAAGGACUACCAGAAGUCCAUCGAUCUCGACCGGUCUUUCAUCUACUCGCACAUCCAGCUUGGUGUUACCCAGUACAAGAUGGGCUCCGUUGCAUCGGCCAUGGCUACUUUCCGCCGCUCGGUGAAGAACUUCGAGGAGGUCCCUGAUGUCUACAACUACUACGGCGAGCUUCUGCUUGACCAGCAGAACUACUCGGAGGCAAUCGAGAAGUUCGACAAGGCCGUUGAGAUGGAGAAGCUCAGCAAGCCCAUGGGUAUCAACGUCCUUCCCCUGAUUAACAAGGCUCUGGCUCUCUUCCAGUGGAAGCAAGACUUCCAGGAAGCCGAGAACCUGUGCCAGAAGGCUCUUAUCAUCGACCCCGAGUGCGAUAUUGCCGUGGGCACCAUGGCCCAGCUGCUCCUCCAGCAGGGCAAGGUCUCGCAGGCCCUCAAGUACUUCGAGCGGGCUGCUGAGCUUGCCCGUACCGAGGCCGAAAUCAUCAAUGCUAUCUCCUACGCCGAGGCCACCCGCACCCAGCUGGAGGUUCAGGAGAAGUACCCCCAGCUGGCCGCCCGGCUGAACGCCAUGGGUGCCAUGGGUGGUGCCCCACCUGGCAUGUAA